UCUUAUUAAUUCCCUCCCAGCUAGUUGAGCUCCUCUCACGUAGCAGUAUGGCUGCUACUCGAUAUCGGCGAUUCCUUAAACUCUGCGAAGAGUGGCCGAGAGACGAAUCUAAGAAAGGCCGGGAUUUAGGGACUUUUCUACGACAGAGGGUGGCUCAUGCGUUUCGGGAGGGUGAAAACACACAGAUAUCGGACCCGGAGAAGUGCGAUCAGAUGUACGAAAGUUUGGCUCGCAUCAACAGCAGCUUCUACAAGGAAAAGUUCCCACGUGCAAAGGACACAAGCUUCACAGGUGUGACAGUGGAAGAAUGCAGAGUCCUUUUAUCGACAGGCAGUAUGCAGCAGAUGGACGAGGAGAAGAAGGGCCUGUGGAAAACGCUGAUGGAACGCUUUUCCUCAAAGUCGCCAGAAGAGGGCGCUGAAAAGGCCACAGAGAAGUAGCACACUUGGAAGUAACGGACCUCAGCUCAAUAGUAUAUAUAUGUUUCUCCUUCAUUAAAUUUUUAAAUUAAAGGCUUUUUUUCUCAUUA